AGAGGAAGCAUUACAUUUACUUUUUCUUUGCAAAAACAAAAAUAUUGUCAGAAAAAACUUUGUCAAAAUGACAGAAGUAGCGAAAUUUGCGGAACAAAUAACAAACGAUAAGAAUAAUACAAAUGUGCGCUGCCAGUUUUGCAACAGUUUGAUGCUGAAGGCGCACGAAGGAAAAUACUGCGAGCAAGAAAUAGAUGUGCCGCUAAUGGUGCAAAGCAAAGACAACGCAGCCGAAUCAUUAAGCACAGAGACUCUGCGUAAUUUCUGGCAGAUCGAUGAUAUGAUGACAUUCGAGAACAUCGGCUUCUCCCACACUGUCGAUGGACGCAAGUUUCUUGUCUGCGCCGACUGUGAACGCGGACCCGUUGGAUACCAUGAGUUGGCGACCAAGCGCUGUUAUUUGGCGCUACAGCGCGUUGUGCAUUCGGACAAAUAAUUGGCGACUGGUCACACUCGCAAUUAACAUCCAUAAUGUACUGCCACACCUCGAUUGUAAUUUAAAAACAUAACUUUCAAGCAGGAAAGAGUGUGUAAUAUAAUUAAGUUAAUUGGUUCGCAUUCCGCAUAGAACGCACCAUCAUUUUUGUUUUUAUUUUUUUUAUAUUUAUUGUUUUUCGCUCAAACAUUUUACAAUUUUAUUGCAUUAUAAUUAUUGCAUUUAAGGAGGAGAUUCAGAACUAAAAAAAAUAAUGGUCAUGAUAAA